AUGUCCAAUCUCCUUACACUCGCAGGCCUCGCGGGUCUUGUUGCGCAUGGCGCGCUGGCAGCAAGCCUGGGUGCCUACAACGUCGAUCCCAACAGCGUGUCCGUGUCUGGGAUGUCCGCUGGAGGGUUCAUGGCGGCCCAGCUCGGCGUUGCCUACUCCAAUACUUUCAAAACAGGCUUCGGUGUGUUUGCCGGUGGCCCCUACGACUGCGCUCGUAACCAACUUUACAGCACCUGCAUGUACAAUCAGAAUCCGUCCAUCACGAAGCCAGUCGCCAACAUGAACUCCUGGAGUGGGAGUCAAAUUGACCCUGUCGCCAAUCUGCAAGACCGCCAGAUUUACAUGCAGGUUGGAUCUGCCGAUACAACCGUGGGGCCGAAGCCCAUGAAUCAGCUCAAGGCGCAGUUGGCCAACUUUAAUAAUCCAUCCAAGGUCUCCUUCGUCACCACCAGUGGCGCUGCUCACGUAUUUCCAGCUGACUUUGAUUCGACUGGCAACAACCAAUGCGGGCAAGCAGCGUCUCCCUACAUCAGCAACUGUGGUUACGAUGGUGCAGGUGAAAUGUUGAAGUGGAUGUACGGUGAUCUCACACCCAGGCAGAAUGGACAGCUCUCUGGCAGUGUAGUAUCCUUCUCCCAAACAGGCACCUAUGGCGCCUCUGGAAUGGACAGCACUGGAUAUCUCUACGUUCCACAGGCUUGCCAGAGUGGUUCCGCAUGCAAGCUGCAUGUGGCUCUUCAUGGAUGCCUGCAGAGCUAUGGCCAGAUUGGAAACAAGUUUAUCAGCAACACGGGCUACAACAAAUGGGCUGAUACGAACAACAUCAUCAUUCUCUACCCGCAAGCUAAGACUGACUCUUCGAUCCAUGCAAUCUGGAGUGGACUUUACCUUAGCAACCCUAAUGCUUGCUUUGACUGGCUCGGCUGGUACGGUUCCAAUGCUGAUCAGAAGGGAGGCGUUCAAAUGACGGCCAUUGUCAACCAGGUAAACAAGAUCACGAGUGGUUACUCGGGCUAG